CCAGCGAAGAAGAACUAACCACACAUGAUGAAACAACAUGCUAACAGUUGUCUUUUAUAGAGUAAUGCUCCAAGAGUUUAUGUAACAAAUCUUAUAUUUUUGUAGUAUUUUCUCUUAGUGUUUCCCCUUCAAUAUUUCCACCUCUGACAUCGAUUCAUCGGAUUCUUUGAAGCCAAGAUGCCUGUCGUGUGCAGCAGCUGUGCUGAAAAGCGGGCUGUGAUGAAACGUCCAAAAACCGGACACUCUUUGUGUAAGGAGUGCUUCUUCUGGGCCUUCGAAGAAGAGGUGCAUCAGACGAUCAUGGCGGCAAAACUUUUCAAACAUGGGGAGAGAGUAGGGAUUGCUGCCUCGGGCGGAAAGGACUCCACGGUGCUCGCUCAUGUAAUGAAGCUCUUAAAUGAGCGGUACAACUAUGGUCUUGAACUCAUGCUUCUCUCCGUGGAUGAGGGGAUCACUGGAUACAGAGAUGACUCCUUGGAGACGGUAAAGAGGAACCAAGAACAGUAUGAGCUUCCACUGAAGAUUGUGUCAUAUGAGGAGUUGUAUGGCUGGACUAUGGAUGCUAUUGUGAAGCAGGUGGGGCUGAAAAACAACUGCACCUUCUGUGGAGUGUUCAGAAGGCAGGCGUUAGACAGAGGGGCCAUCAUGCUGAAAGUGGACAAGAUAUGUACAGGUCACAACGCAGAUGAUGUGGCAGAGACAGUUUUGAUGAACAUCUUGCGAGGGGACAUAGCUCGUCUACGGCGCUGUACUGCCAUCUCUACAGUCAGCGAAGGCGAUGGAGUUGUGCCGCGCUGCAAGCCUCUCAAAUAUGCGUAUGAGAAAGAGAUUGUCCUGUAUGCAUACUUUAAAAAGUUGGACUACUUUUCCACUGAAUGCAUCUACUCUCCCAAUGCUUAUCGAGGCUAUGCUCGGACCUUUUUAAAGGAUUUAGAGAGUGUGAGGCCCAGCUCUAUCAUGGACGUCAUUCACUCAGGGGAGAACCUGUCUGUCCGGGAGGGCCUGAAGAUGCCCGUGCAGGGGACCUGUGACCGCUGUGGUUACAUCUCUAGCCAGCCUCUGUGUAAAUCAUGUGUGCUGCUGGAGGGGCUGAACCGCGGUCUGCCGAAGCUGGGGAUAGGCAAGCACCAUCGCCUGCUUGACAAAAUCCUCUCUGAGCAGCCGCUCACAGAGAAGGAGGAAAAGAAGCUCAAAGCAGUGGACUUUUGAUGUUUAUUAAUCCAAAUUUUUACAGUAAGACUAAGGAUGUGAAUUAAAGUCUGUUAUUUAAUUACUUGUUAUAUUUUCACAAGAAAGAUAGGCCUAAUUAGUCAACUCUUUUAUUUUGUUCAUCUUAAACUCAAUAUUUAUUGGAGAUUGGAGUAUUUUGGAUUGGUAAAAUGUCUCACACCUGAAAUAAAUAUUUCUAGCACAGCACAGACAGCUGAUUUCACUGCUGAUUUACCUGGAUAACUUAUAAAAAUAUACUUUACAGUGGUAUAAAAUGACUUAAUUGAGCCUGAGCUGAUAAUAAUCGGGGACUGGUAUGUGUAUCCUCAAAAUUUUGUGGGAUUUUACUUUCAUUAUUAAACAUAAGACAUCACUUGUCUUAUGUUUCUUAAACUUACAGUACCUGCUUCCACUUUUGGAGUGAUUAAAAUCACACGGAGGUCAAAAAUCUGGUUAUUUGCUUAAAAAAAAGGACCUUAUCAUAUUUUUCAAUACUUUUUUGUCUUUUAUCUAAUUUGAUGUCUCUCUGAUAACAUCUUUUAUGUUUUUAUUUAAUUAUAUCUCUUAUCAUCAGUCUUUGCUGCAAUGAUAGCGUAUCUUAUUUAAGGUUUUACAUGAAUUAAAUUGUAAUAAAUGCCUUGUCCUUCA